AUGGAAGAAGAUGCUAAAAACUUUGUAAGGAGAUGCCAGUCUUGCCAGAAGUUUGGGAACUUGAUACAUGCACCGGCUCUUGAGCUACACAACAUGAAGACUCCUUACCCAUUUUAUACUUGGGCAUUCGACCUAGUAGGUCCUAUAGCGCAGCUAUCCAAAGGCCACAGAUGGAUACUUGCAGCGACUGAGGUUAGUACCAAAUGGGUAGAGGCUAUACCAAUGAGGAAAGCAAAUAAGACAGGAGUGGCUAACUUCAUCAAGGAAAACCUAAUCUGUAGGUUUGGCACACCCAAAGUAAUAUUGUCUGAUAACAAAAUGUAG